CAAAAAAGAAGAGGCACCAGACCCUGUUAAUUAAAGCUCGCCCUGGUCCAUCGUUCCGAGGAGCUGCAGUGCUCUGCUCCUUCCCGAUGCUUAGACUCUCCUUGACUCCCAGCCAUGGAUCUUGGAGAAUUUCCCCCGAGAUCAGCAGGAGUGCCCCAGUGUCCUCGCUGACGUGCCUUUGAUGUGCUCCCAAACCUCCCUGAGACCACCGCCCUGGACCCCCGAUGCGGCUGCCCGAGCAACCUGGAGAGGGGAAGCCUGAGAAUGAGCAAAAGGGGGGCCAAGGAGCCCCCGAAGGGGCAGAGGAGCCGCCGCGGAGCCAGGCCCCCGACUUCCCCACCUGGGAGAAGAUGCCGUUCCACCACGUGACGGCCGGCCUGCUGUACAAGGGCAAUUACCUCAACCGGUCCCUCUCGGCGGGCAGCGACAGCGAGCAGCUGGCCAACAUCUCUGUGGAGGAGCUUGACGAAAUCCGAGAGGCCUUCCGAGUGCUGGACCGAGAUGGCAACGGCUUCAUCUCCAAGCAGGAGCUGGGCAUGGCCAUGCGCUCCCUGGGGUACAUGCCGAGCGAGGUGGAGCUGGCCAUCAUCAUGCAGCGCCUGGACAUGGACGGAGAUGGCCAGGUGGAUUUUGAUGAAUUCAUGACAAUUCUUGGGCCCAAACUGGUGUCUUCAGAAGGUCGUGAUGGUUUUCUUGGAAACACAAUAGACAGCAUAUUCUGGCAGUUCGACAUGCAGAGGGUCACGCUGGAGGAGCUGAAGCACAUUCUCUACCACGCCUUCCGGGACCACCUGACCAUGAAGGACAUCGAGAGCAUCAUCAUCAACGAGGAGGAGAGCCUCAACGAGACCUCGGGGAACUGCCAGACGGAGUUCGAGGGAGUGCACUCCCAGAAACAGAACCGGCAGACCUGCGUCCGCAAGAGCCUCAUCUGCGCCUUCGCCAUGGCCUUCAUCAUCAGCGUCAUGCUGAUCGCAGCCAAUCAGAUCCUCCGGAGCGGCAUGGAGUAGCCUCCCGCCAGCCUUCCUGCCGCCAGCUCACCGCGCAUGUGCAUGCCCGCGGGCGGACUCUUCCUGCGCUCCGCAGAUCUGGACCUGUGGCCAAUGCAUUGAUGGUACCCUUCAGGAAAGAGCCCCAGGUUGCAGGGCAACCGGGAUUGCAAACCCACUCCAUCUCCUUGGCAGGGACACACAAGGGCUGUCUUCAAUGCUUUAAUGGUUUUGUUUCCUAAUGCAAUAAAUAGCCAGGAGUUCCGAGUUAUUGCUUCAACCGCCAGUAGUGACUCUGAAGAUAAACUUCAUUCCUGUCUCGGAAUUCCAGUGGCCAUCCAGGUGUAACGGUGGCGGCGAGAGCUAGAGGAGAGAGGCGCGAGCCGUUGUCACCACCAUCCACACCCCCUUCUUCCAACCCAGGGCCCAGAGCCUCGGGCUGAGGUGGACCCUCAGCCCCAGGAGGCUGCCUUCUGAGUUGCUACAGAAGAGGGGACUUUCCACCUUGCCCUGGUUUCUCUCUCCACCCGUGGAGACCCCCCAAGGCGUGAGGGGAAAGCCAUUGACAGGGUGCAGCCCUGGCGGCCGCCGCUGCACCACCCUGCUUCCGUUCCUACUGCCUUUCCUACAGGACGUGGGGAGAGCUGGGCGCUCUCAUCGGUUUCCGUGGCACUUGGCCUUCUGUUCCUAGAGCCCACCCCGCACCAGCAUUUUGGAAUCUGCAGAGAGCCCUGAUCCCAGCUUUGCCGCCUGUGCUGAGAAAAAGAACCACGAAUCACGGGCAUCUCAACACCCGGACGUGUGGACAGGGACGGCUGCUUCCCGUGCAAGGCUCUCCUGGCCCCUUGUCCACGUAAUCUCGUCCUCCCCCACACACUCACCCCUGCUUCUUGGCAGGGGCAAGGCCAACAGCGGGAGGGGAGAGAGGAGACUGGUGCAGAGGCCUAGCAGCCCCCACCCUCGGUGUCUGGCGUAGCAGCCCCUCCAGGUUCCCAGGCUAGACCCCUCUGUAGGUUCAGGUCACCUGCAUCUUUCCUGUCCUCAUCUUCAACUUGCUUCAUUAAGUCUUCCCCAGCUAAAGAAGAGAAAUCUGUUCCUAAGCAGGAUGAUGGGCAGAGGGAGCCACGGACAUCCUGGCUUUCAGACUCGCAACUAAUUCACACGAACACGUCGGUGCGCUUGGCCACUGCAGCAGGCAUUCACUCCUGCCUGCAGAGCACUUCUGCUGGGAAGGGACCUGACCCCAAUGGUCAGGUGGGCACCCUCCCAGCCGCCUCUGUCAGCUCCAGCUUGUGGUCAGAGUGGCCAGUGGCCCUGGACGUGCUGUCUCUGUGUAUGUUUCCGGCUCAGGUCUGUAUUUCUGUAAUGCAAUUGUCUGGCUCCAGGACACCAGCUCCGGUCCCCCUCCCUUCAGGACUGGGGCGGGGUGUCUCCUCUCCCAAGGCAGGGGUGGGUGCUGUGGUGCCGCCUGUGUCCCCCCGGGCCUUCCCUCUGCUUUCUCCCUGCUGCCUUCUUAGAUGUGGAGCACCCAAGGUCUCCACUAGGGUCUUUGUCCGACUCAGCUCUGCACCGUGGGGCGGCUGUAGAAACCCUCGCACCGCGGAGAGCUGCACAUUCACAAUGAGCACAAGUCACACUAGGGUUUGAGCCAUAGAAAGAGGGAGCAGAUCUAAGCUCCCAGGAGCCCAGGGGGUGACGUCCUCGUCAAACUCCUUGGCAUCUGGCACAUCCAGGCCGGGCUAAGGGCAGCAGCCUGCUUGCCACUGCCCUGCCAAGCCCCGCCCCAUGCCCACAGCACCCCUGCCUUUCUGUCCCUCCCCUUGGCUGAGGACUGCAGUCCCCUUAGGAUACCACAGGUCCAAAUGCUGAAGCUGAUCCAACUUCCUCCAUAGCUCCUUCCCAGGGCACUCCCCUCCCCAGCUGGGCAUGGGCAGGAGGGCACUGCAGGUCUGGUAGGGACACCUUUCCCUAUCUUUUGCUGAUCUUGAAGCCCUAAACCAUACCCUUCUGGGAACAGAGGCUAGACUAGGUAGGAACCCAGGGAUGGUCCUCUGAGGACCCUACCCCAUGAGAAGGGGUUGCAUGGCGGCCUCCGAGGCUGGGUGGCUAGGUGGCACGCAGCAGGUCCUGCCUCCCCUGGAGAGUGUCGACCUCAAGGGAGGCCGGGUUUGAUUUUUUGGCAGGAGGUGAGAUGCGGUACAGGACGAGCAUCUAGAGCUGCUCUGGGGGGCACCAGCGCCUGUUCCCUGCAGAGCCCGAGCAACCUUUCCCUUAAAGGACCCCUUGCUCACUCUCAGGGGUCUGGAAUCCAGCCAGAGAGAAUCCAGGAGCAUGUGUCCUGCUGGGUGUUGCUAUGGGGAGGGGAGGGAGGGAAGCCAGCGUUCUCCUGACUGCCUGGAGGUCACCCUAGCACACGGCACCGGGGCUGAGGGCUGCUGUGUGUGGAAGCCUCCUGAGCUAGUAGGCAUUCCUUAGACUCUGGGGGCUCUGAGUUUGUCACCGGGACUUGAGCCCUCGCUGCUUUGCCUGGACGGUCUGUCUUAGGUAGACCUGGACUACCAGGCGGCCCCAUUCCCAGCCCUGCUCACACAGCGGCUGUGCCAGGGCUCUGCUGCUAGUCAGCCUCCUCAUCACAGCGGCCAUGGGGUUCACAGCUGAAAGUUCCAGAAGGUGCUGUCCCCUAUGCCCCAGGAGGGCCCUGUGGGCCUCCACUGGAGGUGACCUCUUCAGGAACUUCCUCUAGAGGCAAGAGCCACUAUCCUGUAGGAGACGAGAUGUAGGACUCAGGGACCAGGGCUGGUAGCCAUGGGUGGCUGAACGCUCGGCAAACCCAGCUUGACUCAUGCUGGCUACAAGAACGGGUGACCAUCCUCCCCCACCCUCACCAUGCAGAUGACCAUCAGGAAGGCUUUUUACCUAUGAGAGAGAGAGAAGUGGACCUGGUCCCCUAGCCCCUAAAGAAACUGUCUCUCACCAUUCCAGGUGCAGACAGAGCCCCCAACAGGAUUCAGCAUUGGAGCUGCUAGCAGUGGCUUCCAGAAUGUGUGUGGGUCCCAUGUGACUAUCCGUAAGGAGAAGGAAAGGGGUGUCGCCAUGGCAACCCUUGCAUUCAGCCCAGAGUUUGCCAUGGCACACAAAAAUAGGGACUGUUUUCUUAAAGAACUCGUGUUCCCCCUGAUGGCAGCCUGGCUGCUGGUGUCCCCUAUCCUGCCGGGAGGGAACACUGCCCUCCCAAGAAUCUGGGUGGUUCCUCUGCCUUUUCCUCUUGUGUUUGGACUUGUUCUUCCAUUUACUCAGGAGAAAAGGAGCCACCUGGAAGCUGGUGGCAGCAUCCCUUCCCCCACCUCUCCCCUCCACCCUGCCUCCCAGAGCAAGAAUCCCUAAAUCCAGGCAAAAAUAUCAUCUGGAAGGAAAAAAAAUAUAUUUUAAGCCUCCAAUCUUGAAAAGCAUCUGUUUGCCUGGUGAGAAGUUCUCCUGGCAGAGCAUGUGAACUUGAGUGAGCUGAGGUGGAGAUGGGGUCUCGGGCAUGCCCAGGGGCCACAGAGGUUCCUGGGUAUUGCAUGGCAGAGACCAAGUGGUGCGUGAGGGGUCGUCUUCCUCUUUACCUGCUCCUGUCUCCAAUGUCCCAUGGUGAAUGCUAUCUCCUUGUCCAAAGCACCUCAUGGAAGAUGGGCAGCUCAUUUUGACAGGCGCGCUCCUCCCAGCGCCCCUCCCCUGGAUCACAGUGUGGUAUGCUUCCCCUGAGAGCCGGGAGAGGAGAAGGUCAUCUUAUUCCAAAUGCCUCCUGCUGGGCACAAGGCAGACUCAGGUCAUAAGUCAAGGAGAAUUUUGCACAUUGUUCUUAACCUGAGCUAGAGGCCUCCCUGGGGUCAUAUGAGGACACAGCCAGAGGGUGGCCAUGAGGCCCUCGAGGGCACUCCCUGGGCUGGCGCUGCUUGCCUUGGGGAGCUCCUCUUGGGCUGAUGUCUGGCUCACCAACCUCAGAGGCUGCUGAGCACCGCUCCUCCCGACCACAGCCCUCCAACCACACUGGGUCCCCCUACUGCAGGGUUGCUGUGCAGGCCCUGGUACUCAUAUUGCUGUUGCCCUGCUCCCCUGAGAUGCAGAGAGGGUCUGGACCCUCCUGCCAGGGGGGUCCUUUUAGUACAAGGCCAUGGUGUGGCGGACGAACUGAGAUUAUGCUUCUAGACUCGGGCUGUGUGAUCUGCCUUCCCUGGAGAACAUCUUCUGAAACGACCCCAGAUCAGAAGGUUUCAUGGGCCUCUUCGGCGAUGCCCACAGGGCUGAGCCUUGCCAUAGCCAUCUCCCUCUCCACCGAGGGCUCAGCUCCCCGCCAGGGAAGAGUCCAUCAGAAAUAGAAGAGAAUCAUGAUCCCGCAGCCGGGGUUUCAAUUUCAAUUAUUUAUAGUGAUGGCAAAAGAGCGGUGGACCUGGUGCCCUUCACAGCCUGUCCCCAGGAUAAUUUAGGUGUCAGAACUGCUCAGCAUCACUCCAUAUUUACUUUGACCAAGUCACUCAGGGGACUGUCCUCGGCCACGUGGCCUUGCCAGGACAGUUGGUUUGGAGGAGCAAGGCCAGUGUACCAGCCAGCUAAGCACUUUCCCUAAUGUCCUGUGCUCUUUGCUGAUGCACAUAGUCAUUUUAACAGGGAUGGUUUCUCCUCGAUAUUGGUUUAGGUUCCUCUUUACAUGGUCUCAAGGGACAUGGAAAAAAAAAAAAGUCUUUUUUGAGGCAAAAUUGUCUUGGUUCAUUAUGCCACCAAGAAUCAGGUGUAUACAGUCUCAGGAAGACCGUCCUCUGUUCCUGGACACCUGUGUGGUCCCCUGCACCUGCCCCUAUGCUGGGUGACAGGCUGGCUUUCAAACCAGGCUUCUCACACUCUCCACAGUUGUUCAGGUGCGAAGGGGGUUGAGACUGGGAUUGUCCAGGGGUGGGAGAAGCAGGCUGAGGAAGGAACAUUCUGGGAAUGUGAAAUUCAGUUGCGGUGCCGCCCCCUCCCCGGGCCUGAGAGAAGGGUUUUGAAGGCUCAGAUGCUCUGAGCAUUGUCCCUGAGUUCCUGGCCUACUUUGAGAACAUAUGGGGGAUAGAGUGCCGUGUGGCUGCCCAUCAGCCUGAUCCAAAUGACAUGCCCUGUGCAUUCAAGAGGAGGCUGGUGGUUCACCUUGCCGGGGAGGUCACAGGCACCUGCCAAGCUCAGAACACGUCUUCCUGGACCCACUGGACGGUGGCCAGGAAGGCAGAAGCCCUGGAGCGGAGCCAGUGCCGGCAGGUGGGAGACCAAGGAGACCGCCCCUCCCCCAAUAGCCAAGUGAUUUGAGUGGCUGCUGUCCUUGGCCUCAGGUUCCUCAUCUCUGAAGCCAGAAGACAGGCCACCCUGAAAGGUCCUCCCCUGGGGACAUUCUACUUGAUGUGAAAGGCAGGUGAGUGGCUGCUGCUGUGAGGGUCUUCCCAAGUCCAUGAGGCCACUGUGACACCGCCUCCCGUGCGGUGUCCACUGUCUGUAAAGAAAGCAGCACCCCUGGUGGGUGCCACACAGGCGAGAGGUGCUGCGUGUCCCCUAAGGACGGGCUCUAGUCCUGCCCUUAGCAGGGGUGAGAGCCAUGGUUCCGUCUCCCCACCCCAGCUAGGUGAGCCUGGUGACUCGUGAGCAGUGGCGGGGGGCAAACAAAACCAGAUUCCAAGAAAGGUCGCUCAGCCCUGCGUCAGAGGCUGCCUCACUGAGGCUGUGGACACGGGGCAUGAUCUCCAGCCAUUGUCCUUUCCUGUCCUUCAGGCCACUGGAGCACGUGAUGGUGGUUUGUAGUUACCUGUAGCACUGCAGAAGGCAGUGUCGCAAGCCCUGGGGAUUGUCAGGAAGUAGAUCAAAUCAACAGUCCUGGGGUCCAUGCCUGCGGUGGUCCUGUGGCGGUAGCCGUGCACUGAGCCGGGAGCCUGCUGUGGCUGUGACCAUCACGGGGAGGCGUGGCAGGCCCCAGGAGCAGCAGCAGCAGGACCCCGAGGGUCCCAAGAUCCUGUCCCACAUCCCACUUCCUGAAGCAGGAGGAGGUCCCAGCCUUGUCCUCAUGCCAAGCCCUGCUGUCCUUCCCCCGAGAGCCCAGACUGGCCCAGGAGGGAUCCUCCUAGCUCCAGGCAGAAAUGUGCAGAGCCAGAGUCUCAGCUCUCCAUGGAGAACCCAGAAAUGGUCUCUUUUUUUUUUUGUAUGAAGAUAAGGAUUUAGGGGUUCUGCAGUGGCUUCUUGGCGGGGUUUGAUUCCUUCCCAGAUUCUGAGUGCAGAAAUGCUUUCUCCAAGGACUCACAGACAGUGCCCUGGGAGGGGGACCCCACCCAGAGGGUCUGGUGGGGCGGGGAGCAGGCAAAUGCUCCUCUGUGGGUGGGGGUGGGGCCACAGGAUCCCAAGGUCAUUAGACUUGAGACACUAGUCGAUUAUCAAAGCACAGUAGAGAUGGCUGGCGCCCUGGCCACCAGCACGCUGGGCACAAGAGGAGCACAGAAGGACCAGGUGCGGGAGCCCGGAGCUCUGUGUCCAGAGGGCCUCUGAGACCGCCGCCGGGAUCGCAGCCUCCCCAUUACCUCACCACAGUCCUUUGUUUCUUUUUUUAUUCAGUGUUAGUCGAUGGGGUUUCUGCUAUCGAGUGAUUAGUCAGCAGAUUAGUCAAAAGAAGAUCUUUAUAUAAAAUGUAAAUAUUAAUAUAAAUUAACUUGGCAUGCAACUUACGGAUCAAAUGAAGUAUAUAUUAUUAAUAUGUUAUCUAAUUAGUGUAUAAAGGAAAACUGACUGCCAUAUUUACCAGAUGUUUUCUCUAACCAAACUUGUCUGUAAAUAUAUAAUCUGUAUAAAAAGAGUCUAAUUUACCAUUAUUUAUGCAAUAGAAAAAAAACAAAUAAAAGUUUUUUUUUUCUUUUGA